GUGGGUAGCAGAGGAGAGCGCAAGACUAACGCGAGGUCCAGAAGCCGAGAAGGGAAGGGAGCAGGGCAGUGCGCCGCGAAGAAGCCGAGGGAGAUGGCCGGGAGGAAGGUGUCGGUCGCCGCCGUGCAGUUCGCCUGCACCGGCGUCGAGUCCGAGAACGUCGCCACCGCGGAGAGGUUGAUAAGAGAAGCUCAUAAGAAAGGCGCAAACAUUGUCCUAAUUCAGGAAUUGUUUGAGGGGCAGUACUUCUGUCAAGCUCAAAACUUGGACUACUUCCAACGUGCUAAGCCUUACAAAGGGAACCCAACUAUAAGCAGGUUCCAAAAACUCGCCAAGGAGCUGGAAAUUGUAAUACCUGUCAGCUUCUUUGAAGAAGCAAACAAUGCUCACUACAAUUCAGUGGCCAUUAUUGAUGCAGAUGGCAGUGAUCUUGGCUUGUACCGCAAAUCACACAUUCCAGAUGGACCAGGUUAUCAAGAGAAAUAUUAUUUCAAUCCUGGUGACACUGGCUUCAAGGCUUUCAAGACGAAAUAUGCAACAAUUGGCGUUGGAAUUUGCUGGGAUCAGUGGUUCCCAGAGUGUGCAAGGGCUAUGGUGCUUCAGGGGGCUGAAAUUUUGUUCUACCCGACUGCAAUUGGUUCUGAGCCCCAGGAUAAUAACCUGGAUUCCCGAGAGCACUGGAAGCGUGUCAUGCAGGGGCAUGCUGGUGCUAACUUGGUCCCCCUUGUCGCUUCUAACCGUAUAGGAAAGGAAACCGUUGAGACUGAGCAUGGCAACAGCACUAUUAACUUCUUUGGGAAUUCAUUUAUAGCAGACCCAACAGGUGAAAUUGUUAAGGUUGCAAAUGACAAAGAUGAAGAAGUGCUGGUUGCAGAGUUCGACUUGGACGAGAUCAAGUCUACUAGGCAUGGCUGGGGGAUCUUUAGGGACAGGCGACCUGAUCUAUAUAAAGUGCUUCUGACAUUGGAUGGAGAGAAAUGAUGAUAAGGUCUAUUUUUAUUGUGGAGUCACCCUGUCCUUGAAAGGCACAUGAGCUCCACAACAUUGGGAGGACACAUGGUCCAUAAAUGCCGCCGCUUCAUCAAUCAUGGUAGAUCUCCGCUCUUACCUUCGCAGGAAUGCUUAAUGAUUUUUCACCGAUUUCUGUUUCCUCAUUAAAAUUCUAGAGGUGUGUCUUUCUGCAGACAAAUUGAGAAUGUAACAGAUGUUAAAACCUC